CGGGCACUUCCGGCCUCCCGCUUCAGGACUGUCUUUGAAGAGGAGCUGGCGCCAGCGUUUCGGUGUGCUGUGCUGCGAUUGCUGCUACAGAGAGCUGAGCAGGCAGUAUGGGCGAGCUGGGAAAGCACAACAUGAAUGCAGUGACCUAUGAUGAUGUGCAUAUCAACUUUACUUGGGAAGAAUGGACUUUGAUGGAUCCUUCUCAGAAGAAUCUCUAUAAAGAUGUGAUGCUGGAGACCUACAGGAACCUCACUACUAUAGGAUACAGUUGGGAAGACCAUCAUCAUACUGAAGAAUAUUAUCAAAGUUCUAGAAGAUAUGAAAGGAAUGAAAGAAGUCAAACUGGAGAGAAAACUUCUGUAUAUACUCAAUGUGUUAAAACCUUUGCACAUGACACCCAUCUUCAAAGGCAUGAAACAACUCAUACUGGAGAGAAACCCUAUGAAUGUAAUCAUUGUGGUAAAGUCUUUGCACGCCGCAGUAACCUGCAAAUGCAUGAAAUGACACAUACAGGAGAGAAACCCUUUGAGUGUGAUCAGUGUGGUAAAGCCUUUGCACAUCACCAAAGUCUCCUACUACAUAAAAGAACCCACACUGGAGAGAAACCAUAUGAAUGUAAUCAGUGUGGUAAAGCCUUUGCACAUCACCAAAGUCUCCGGCUACAUAAAAGAACCCACACUGGAGAGAAACCCUUCGAAUGUAAUCAGUGUGGUAAAGCCUUUUCAUUCCCCAGUCACCUGCAAUUACAUGAAAGGACACAUACUGGAGAGAAACCCUAUGCAUGUAAUCUGUGUUCUAAAGCCUUUGCUCAUCGAAAUGAUCUUCAAAGGCAUAAAAGAACGCAUACUGGAGAGAAACCCUAUGAAUGUAAUCAGUGUGGUAAAGCCUUUGCUCGUCACAGUACUCUUCAAAGGCAUAAAAGAACGCAUACUGGAGAAAAACCCAAUAAAUGUAAUCAGUGUGGUAAAGCCUUUGCUCGUCACAGUGCUCUUCAAAGUCAUAAAAGAACGCAUACUGGAGAGAAACCCUAUGAAUGUAAUCAGUGUGGUAAAGUCUUUGCAAGUCACAGUAGUCUUUAUAUGCAUAAAAGAACCCAUACUGGAGAGAAACCCCAUGAAUGUAUUCAGUGUGGGAAAGCCUUUGCUCGUCACAGUGCUCUUCAAAUGCAUAAAAGAACCCAUACUGGAGAGAAACCCUAUAAAUGUAAUCAGUGUGGUAAAGCCUUUGCUCGUCAAAGUGCUCUUCAAAUGCAUAAUAGAAUCCACACUAGAGAGAAACCCUAUGAAUGCAAUCAGUGUGGUAAAGAUUUUGCACGACUCAGUCAUCUGCAAAUGCAUGAAAUGACACAUACUGGAGAGAAACCCUAUGAAUGUAAUCAGUGUGGUAAAGCCUUUGCACGUCACCAUAGUCUCCGACAACAUAAAAGAACCCACACUGGAGAGAAACCCUAUGAAUGUAAUCAGUGUGGUAAAGCCUUUUCAUUCCCCAGUCACCUGCAAAUGCAUGAAAGGACACAUACUGGAGAGAAACCCUAUGAAUGUAAUCAGUGCGGUAAAGCCUUUGCUCGUCACAGUACUCUUCAAAGGCAUAAAAGAACCCAUACUGGAGAGAAGCCCAAUGAAUGUAAUCAGUGCGGUAAAGCCUUUGCUCGUCACAGUACUCUUCAAAGGCAUAAAAGAACGCACACUGGAGAGAAACCCUAUGAAUGUGAUCAAUGUGGUAAAGCCUUUGCAUGUCACAGUACUCUUUAUAUGCAUAAAAGAACGCAUACUGGAGAGAAACCCCAUGAAUGUAAUCAGUGUGGUAAAGCCUUUGCUCGUCACAGUGCCCUUCAAAUGCAUAAAAGAACUCAUACUGGAGAGAAACCCUAUGAAUGUAAUCAGUGUGGUAAAGACUUUGCACGGUCCAGUCAUCUGCAAAUGCAUGAAAUGACACAUGCUGGAGAGAAACCAUAUGAAUGUAAUCAGUGUGGUAAAGCUUUUUCAUUCCCCAGUCAUCUUCAAAUACAUGAAAGGACACAUACUGGAGAGAAACCCUAUGAAUGUAAUCAGUGUUCUAAAGCCUUUGCUUGUCACAGUCAUCUUCAAAGGCAUAAAAGAACCCAUACUGGAGAGAAACCCUUUGAAUGUAAUCAGUAGUCUUCAAAAAUCAUGAGAGAAUGUCCAUCCUGCAGAGAAUCUAUAUAAAUGUAACCAGCGUGGCAAAGUUUUGCACUUUAUACAUGAGUAAAACUUUUUGUGUGAAAUCAAUCUGUUAAUACCUUUGCAUAUUACAGUAGUCUUGGAGUACCUGAAAAAGAUAUGGAGGGCUCCUUAUUAUAAAGAAUUUGGUAAGAUCUUUUGCCAAUACGCUUACAUUCAGUUAAACAAGAGUGUUUAUUAUGUAGAAAAGAAUUAGACAGUGUGGGCGAUCUAUUCAAGCAUUAGGAUGACUCUUUUUAUAUUGUUUGCAUGAGCGAACUCAUGGGAAAAAAUGAACUUAAGAAUUUAUGAAUCUCUAUAUGUAGGGUAAAAGAGCCAGCCAAAGAAACACACUGACCCUGAAAUCAGAGCAAGUGAAAGACACAAACUUUGGCCGUGAAUCCAGAGCCAGUGAAAGAAACACUUUGGCUCUGAAACCAGAUCCAAAAGACUAAAACAAACAAACAAACAAAAGGACCACUGAAAAAAAACACACUUUGGCCUUGAAACCAGAGCCAAAGAAACACAUUCUACCCUUGACAAACUGAGCACAAAACCAACCAUUCCCUGAUAAUGAAAUACGGCCAAUCUCAGGUUCUUUAAGCUCAGUGAUUUAAAUCCUACCAUCCCACUCUGAAAAUCUCCAAGGAAAAACUGCCCAUAAGAAAUACUAUAUAAAAGUCCUGUGUCUGUUCAGUGGCAGAGGGCCUUUUCCACCUUGACAGACGCAGCCACUUUCCUGGAUUCCUCUUUUCCAACUAAAUCUCUUGAAUCAGAGUUUGGGAUGAAGACUUUCAUUCACCGUCUUGGAGCAGAAACUCUGUAGUAGAGUGGAGAAGAGAAGCAAGGACACCUCUGCUGGGAAACUCCCUUAGGGAGUAAAACAGAGGUAACAACUUUUUGCUGGAGUCAGAGCACUGCUACAUUUCUGCAGUGGUUUCCCUCUUAGUUAAUUGAAGCAAAAGAGUACCAAUUUGGGCCGGAGCUGAGAAGAAACAGACAUCUUUGUUGGGAAACUCUCUAGUGGAGCGGUGCAGAGAAGUAAUGGACACCUCUGCUGGGAAACUGUUUGUAGAGUUGAUUGAAGCCCAGGAUACCUUCCCUUAACAGCUGUGGGUAUAACCUUAUUUCUGACAGUCAGCAUACAUUUUUCUUCAGAGCUCUAGGUAUCCAGGAUAACUUCCUUCCACAAUCUGGUAUAGCCUGACUUCCCUAUAGUCAGGAUUCCUUUCUCCUCACAGCUGUAGGUAACCAGGAUACCUUCUUUUCACUGUGUAGAUAUAGCCUGACUUCUGACAGUCAAGGGACCUUUCUCUUUAGAGCUGUAGGUAUCUAGGAUACCUUACCUACACAGCUUCAGGUAUAACCUGACUUUCCAAUAUAGUACCUUUCUCUUAAUAGCUGUAGGUACUUUCCCUUCACAGCUGUAGGUAAAGUUUAACACACACACACCCUAGCCUGUAACAUACUGAAUUUACAUGAUAAUGUAACCCUUUUAGAUUUUAUACUUCAAUUAUAUAAAAUAACCAAUUCAGAUAUAAAACUUUAUGGGUUUGUAUUAGUUCCUUUUCUGUUGUUGUGAUAUAAUGCCUGUCAACUUAUAAAAGAGUUUAAUUUAACCCUAGGUUCCAGAGGGAUACAGGACUCCAUGAGAGUGGCAUGACAACAAGUGUCAAACAUGGCAGCUAAAGCAGGAGGCUAAGAACUCACAUCCUUAACCUGUAGUAUAAAGCAGAGAAUGGGAACUGUAAAUAGUGUGUGGAUGUAAACUCUCAAAGCCUAUGCUCCCAAUGAUAUAUUUCCUCCAGCAGCCCAACAUUUUCUAAAUCUUCCCAAGUGAUACCACCAACUUAGAAGGAUUGAUUUCUCUGACUUCAAGCCUACAUGCUUACUUUCUGUUACAUGAACCAAUUCAUGAUGAAGAAAAACUCUGUAAGUAAGCCGUUAUGUGCCUCAAUACCUGUUAUAGGAAUGAAUGCUUGCAAAAGAAAAACUUUCAUGAGUGAAAAUUUGCUUAAAGAGUUGUUUUAAUUAUGUGAUGCUUGUGUUUAUAUGGGAAUGUAAAUGUACAUGCAGGUUCCUGAGAACGUUAGACCCUUGGAUCUUGUAGCAGGAAUUACAGGAAGUUGUUAAAAAUCAGACCUUGGUCCUGGGAAUGAAUAUAUCUUAACUGUCCAUCCAUGUCUCUAGCACUGUAAAUAUUUUAAAGCCUAUUUAUAUCAUUGUGAAGUGAGGAAAUAGGGACAAACUCAUACAAGAGAAAAAUCCUAUUCAUGUAAAGGAUUUGGUAAAGACUUCAGACCUCACAAUUGUCUUCAGCUUCAAGAAAAAAAAAAUCUUGUUCCAUUUCUUUUUCAUGGUAGCCUUGAAGGAAAUAAAGUAAGUGUGUCUGUGAAAGGGUGGUGGGUUGUUGUUCCUGGUUUUGUUUUUCGGAUUUUCAGAAAUUCCCUUGAGAUUUUGUUGUUUGUUAUUCAGCCUGGCUUGGAUUUCUGUAAUGAUUUAGGGAUACACUUGGACUCAAUGAUCCUCGUGUGUUUGCCUCCUGAGUACAAGUCAAAGGGUAGAUGGUAUACUGUACCCAAUAUGUGCUGUUUUGUAAACACAAUUUAAAAAUGUUAAUGUUAAGAUGCUUAAUUUAAGAGAAUAGAAGAAACAUUAAAUACCUUAUGUGUA